AUGAGCUCCCAAUUCCCUUCGUCCCCAUAUAGGACAGCGGACUUACACGUAAAGGAUCUGUAUUCUCCGCCUAAUUUCAAUCAGCAACCUAAUUGCUCCUCCUUCAAUUAUGAUCGAGAUGGUAAAGUUGCAUCGGAAUCUUUCGAAAAUUUCGGAAAAGCAGACUACCCAACCCCAUUUCCUUCUUCUAGUAUAGGAAGGGUUUCAUCUCCCGUUAGGUCAAAUAAGGUCGACGCUAUCCCUUCUUCCCCAGCUUUUCCUCCGCAGCUUGCAGCAACAUCAUCCAAAUUGUCUUUCAAGCUUUCUUCUCCUUCGAAGCACACUAAAGUCGUCAAUACUGAACUAGAUCCUAGCAAGAUCAGCACCAUUACUGUUGGGCGUAACAGCUCGCAAUGUGAUGUUGCGCUUUGUAAGAAUAAGUUUAUAUCCAGAGUACACGCUAGUAUAACUUAUUUGCCACAAACGAAUGAAGUGAAAAUUCACUGCCUCAGUAUGAAUGGAUUAAUUGUUAUUUAUCGUAAGAAAUUUGACUGUUAUCAAUUAAGGGAUACUAUGGAUAACAAUGAGAGGGCAUAUAGACUUGUUUCCAGAUUUUCUAGCGAAAGCUGUGUUAAAGAAGUCCAAGACGAAGGAGAAUCCAUCAAUUUUACUUUGGAAAAAGGUGACACCGUUUAUAUGACAUAUUAUAACGGUAUCAUGCUAGAUUUUAGGCAGGUUUUACUCCGCAUUUCCUUGAAAGAGGCAAAUCCACCCUCAGAGUCGUCAAGAUUAGAAAGAAAAAUUGAAGGCAAAACUGAGGCGAAACAUAUGGGUGGCAUAAGGAAGCAUCCAUUGAUAUUUACUGAAACUUCGGUAGACAGACCGAAAAAAAUACUAAAAGAUACCAACAAAUUCUCGAAUGGUAAUGAUUCUGACGUCGCAGAAAGAAUGUUAAACCAUUUUUUAAACUCUAGAUCGUCUCCGCUUUCAUCUAUCUCUUCUGUUGAUCAUGAGGACCAAAACGGAAGACAAGAUCCAUCAUCAUACGAUAAAACCCCUAUGAUUAUGAAGAAACCAAAACUAAAUAAGAGGGUUUUACCUACAAAGGCAAAAAAAUCUGUGAAAGAGAAUUUAGAUGAGUUAUCUAGAAGAAAUAUUGAUAUUAUGCACUUACAGCACAUUUUGACCAAUCACCUUGCUUUUGCAAACGUCCAACAGACGCCAUUAUUUCAAUUACAGCAGGUAAACUCACAAAUUUCUGAAUUGUCAAGAGAUGAGUUGCGUUCGAUUUUGAGCGACGCGAAAUGUGUCGGUGUCAUUUACCGUCAUGGUAAGGACGCCGCCGGUAAACCGUUAGACGAAGAGUAUUUCUACGAUUUAGAAAACGAUGAUGAUUACGAGAGAAGAAACUUAGUGAGUUCAUUAAAAGGUGGAAGGACGGGCUUAAGAUCUUGCAGAAGGACACAUAAACAAUAUUUUUGGAAGAAGCCAACAAAAUAA